CUCUUUUAAGAGCCACCUAGACCAAACAAGAGUCACACUUCCCCUCAAACGGAAGUUAUUUAUCAUCAAUGUUUUACGUCUUACUCAUCUCACAUCACACAAUGUUUAAUAUAUAAUUCUAUAAUAACGUGUGCGUACAGUCACAGCUCCAGACCAAAGCGUGGAGUUCACUCCACCGCAUUUCCACAGUUUAUUCUGAUUUAUGAAUACGGAUGUGAACAUGUAACAUGACAUCCGUGUCCCCUCGAACGGUCAGACAUUAAAAUACUUAACAAAUAUUCUUUGCCGUUAAUUCUCAGUGUUUUAAACGGGUUUGUUUCCUCGUAAAUAAAGACGGACUGCUGUCAAGGGCCUCCAUAAGGGCAGGGUUUGAGGAAAAAGCUUGACUUUAUUUUCAAGAUAAAUGUGAUUGUUGUGAAAAGGGUGCGCUCUGGCUUGGAGCUGCGCGCUCAAAGUGUGAGAGAGCGUGUUUUUCUUAUUGGAGGAUUAUCACUCCGACAGACCAAUCAGCGAUCAGCAGGGUCUUUAUAAAUCCAGCCGCAACGCUGUACCGGCACAGUUGAUUCUUCUCAGACUCAAUACGCAGUAAACAUGUCUGGACGUGGAAAAGGCGCAGGCAAAGCCAGGGCUAAGGCCAAGAGUCGCUCCUCCAGGGCCGGCCUCCAGUUUCCCGUGGGCCGUGUGCACAGGCUGCUCAGGAAGGGCAACUACGCCGAGCGCGUUGGAGCCGGAGCCCCCGUGUACCUGGCCGCAGUGCUCGAGUACCUGACCGCUGAGAUCCUGGAGUUGGCCGGCAAUGCCGCCAGGGACAACAAGAAGACCCGUAUCAUCCCCCGUCACCUGCAGCUCGCCGUACGUAACGACGAGGAGCUGAACAAGUUGCUCGGAGGCGUCACUAUCGCCCAGGGUGGUGUGCUGCCCAACAUCCAGGCCGUGCUCCUGCCCAAGAAGACCGAGAAGGCCAAGUAAAGAAACCGCCCGACCCCAUCACACAACGGCUCUUUUAAGAGCCACCCACUCUCCACAAAGGGCACUAUAUCCUGUUUUCACUGCAGAAUAAUACACA